AUGGGAUGUUACAUUUCAAGGAGUCUAGUCGAAGUGAUUGUGGAUGGCAGGCCUAUAUCUACAUAUUCAGAAAAAUCAAAAUUAGCUAAUGAGUCUCCAUCCUAUCAAUCUUCUGAAUUGUUAGAAAAAAUUGCAGGUUUAUUAGCUUUACUAUCCUUCUUCUACUGUAUAUGGGUCUUUAUUAAACGGCCAAGGGACAUCAAAAUAAACUUCCAAGAGUGCAGGCUAACACCAGCAACGCCACCUGAAGUAGAAGGUGCGUGGCCAAUAUUAGGCCACCUUGUUCAGCUAGUAGGAUGUACACCUCUGUUUAAGAUCCUUGCCGACAUGUCUGACAAGUACGGACCUAUUUUCAUCGUCAGAUUUGGUAUGCAUCAGACCCUGGUUGUGAGCAGUUGGGAGAUAUCUAAAGAAUGCUUCACUACCAACGAUAGGGUAUUUGCUAGCCGUCCACUUAGUGCAGCUGGGAAGUACCUAGCGGAAGCCAUGUUUGGAUUUUCCCCAUAUGGUCCUUAUUGGCGGGAGAUCCGUAAGAUCGCAACACUUCAGUUACUCUCUCAUAAACGCCUCGAGUUGCUUCAGCCUAACCGUUACUUAGAGAUAAACAAUUGCAUGACAAGAUUAUAUGAUUGCUGGAUGGAACACCGUAAACAGAUAAAGCAGAAUGGCACAACAAGCUUAACUAUUUCCGUUAAGGUCGAUAUGAGCCAAGUUUUUGCAGAACUAUCCUUGAACGUGGUGUUGAAAACUAUUGUAGGAAAGACCCUUUUUCUUAAGAACAACAAGGAAGAUCACCACAAGGAGGAAGAAGAUGGCCAAAAGCUCCACAAGUCUGUCCUAAAAUUCUUCAAACUGGCAGGAGUAUCAGUUGCAUCUGAUGCUCUUCCAUUUCUUGGGUGGCUUGAUGUGGAUGGGCAAAAGAAACAAAUGAAGAGAGUCUCCAAGGAGAUGAACUUGAUAGUUUCAAAGUGGCUUGAAGAGCAUCAAGAGAAAAAACGACUUCAAACAAUAGGAUCCGAUGGAACAGAAAGAGAGGCUAAUGAUGAUAACAAUCAUGACUUCAUGGACGUGUUGAUGUCAGUUCUCGAUGAAGAAAAGGAUGACCUGUUCUUCGGUUACGCUCGAGAUACCGUCAUCAAAGGCACAUGUCUGAACCUUAUACUAGCUGCAUCUGAUACUACGUCAGUUACGUUGACAUGGGCUCUCUCGCGGGUACUCACCAAUCCUAGUGUCUUAAAAAAGGCUCAGGAUGAGCUCGACACCGAAGUUGGCAAGGAAAGAAACGUACAGGGACAGGAUAUCGAUGAUCUCGUCUACCUCCAAGCAAUCGUCAAGGAAACUCUCCGAUUAUACCCUCCUGGCCCACUCUCUGUACCACAUGAGGCUACAGAAGACUAUAUUGUUGGUGGGUAUGAAGUGAAAGCAGGUACGCGGUUGUUGGUUAACCUGUGGAAACUGCAGCGUGACCCUCGAGUGUGGUCAAACCCUUUAGAGUUCAAGCCAGAGAGAUUUCUUCCACAUCCCGCUGGUGGGUUUGGUGGUGAAACGGGAUACAUAGAAUUCAGGGGUCAGCAUUACGAGUACACACCAUUUGGAUUUGGAAGAAGGAUAUGCCCGGGGAUAGACUUUGGCCUCCAGACACUUCACAUGGCACUGGCUCGUCUGCUACAUGCAUUCGAUUUCGACACAGACGGAGGACUUGUAAUAGACAUGGCAGAAGGUCCAGGUUUAACCAUGCCAAAAGUAACCCCACUUGAAGUUCACCUUAUUCCACGUCUGCUGGCCACACUUUACUAGACUCAGCCAUCAGUAGUAGUGAUAAAAAAAAAACAAAUCCAUAAAUAAGGGUGUUCUGUACGGAGAUAAAAAAAGAAAAAAGACAAGUUUAAGGGUGUUCUGUUAUGCGUGCUAGAGCUGGCAAACGGGCGGGCCGGGGCUUGCCCGUUGCG